AUGUAAAUACCCUUUUCCUCCCCAACAUAUACAUCUGUCAUCGCUACCCUCACUCUCACAAAUUCUCGACUAAAUUAAAAAUGGCUCCAAUCACAGUUGGUGACGUCAUCCCAGAUGGUAUUGUAUCUUACUUCGAUGAGCAAGAUCAGAUGCAGAGCGUUUCAGUGCACUCACUUGCUAAGGGCAAGAAAGUCAUUCUCUUCGCCGUUCCUGGUGCUUUCACUCCCACUUGCAGCACUAAGCAUGUGCCUGGGUUUAUUGAGAAGGCUGAUGAGUUGAAGUCAAAGGGCGUGGAUGAAAUCCUCUGCAUCAGUGUCAAUGACCCCUUUGUGAUGAAGGCCUGGGCAAAAACUUAUCCCGAGAACAAACAUGUAAAAUUCCUUGCUGAUGGAGCUGGAAAGUACACCCAUUCCCUGGGGCUGGAGCUUGAUCUGUCGGAAAAGGGGCUUGGCGUUCGAUCACGAAGGUAUGCUCUUUUGGUUGAUGACCUUAAGGUGAAAGUUGCUAACAUUGAAUCUGGAGGGGAGUUCACGGUCUCCGGUGCUGAUGAAAUCCUCAAGGCUCUUUAAGUUUGUUACUGCCUCCGACGUGUUCUGUCUCUAUACUGAACUUCUGGAAUGUAUGCCAAUAAUGUUUUUGGUGUUAUAUUUACUCGCUUCUGUUCCGUAAUAUCAUACUUCGUGUGAAUGCUUUUUGGAAAUAAAAUCUGCUUGUGCAUGGAUUACCUGCU